AUGUUGAUUAACAAAGCAGUGUUAUUAACAACCUUUGCCAUACUGUUAAGUACCGGCGUGUUUGCAACGCUUUCGCCGUCUGAUAAAAGUAAAAACAAAAAAGUUAAAGAGCUGAAGGUGAAAACGGACCCACAACCGACGAACGUGUACGAUCGUGGUCUGGUACAAGGAGAGCCCUCAGCCAAGGACAUCAUUGUGGAGAAUGCUGCCUAUUUUCAGGAUACUUCGCUCAAGCUGUUCGAGGGAACCGUACUGGGUUUUGUUACACCGUGGAAUAACCACGGCUACGACGUAGCCAAAAUGUGGGGUCCGAAAUUUGAUUACGUGUCCCCGGUAUGGUUACAAGUUCUAAGAAAAGGCCCCAAGAAGUACGAAAUAGCCGGUGUCCACGACAUCGACGAUGGUUGGGCGAAGGAUGUGAAGAAAGCAGGCUCAACGAUCAACAAUCGAGUUGUGCCUCGUGUUCUUUUCGAUAAAUUCACCGAUCGAGAUUUCUCGCAGCUCCUGACGUACCCAGAGGAGCGAACCAUCGUCGCUAAGCUGCUGCUUGCCACAGUUCGCAAGCAUCGGUUCGACGGAAUCGUGCUGGAAGUUUGGUCACAACUGGCGGCCCGUGUCGAAGACAACUUUCUGGUCGGUUUGGUGGAGGAAAUAUGCAACACUCUCACGGGCGCUUCGUACGAUUGCAUUCUUGUAAUUCCACCAGCUCGCAAGGAAACAUAUGAUCUCUUUUCUCGCAAACACUUCGAAGCUCUCGUGCCAUCGGUGACGGCGUUCUCGCUCAUGACCUACGACUUUUCGAGUGUCCAGCGGCCGGGAGCGAACGCACCGCUUUACUGGGUACGAAAUGCCGUUCUGCACAUCUGCCCCGACAGUGCGGACGGCCUGCGAGAGAAGCGGGCGAAGAUUUUGGUCGGUCUUAACAUGUACGGAAGCGAUUUCACACCCAACGGAGGUCAGCCGAUCGUAGCUCACGAGUAUCUAGCUCUGCUGAAACAUCUGAAGGGUCACCUCACGUACGACGAACACGAUGUGGAGAAUUUCUUCGAGGUGAAAACAUCCAACGGACGACACAUGGUGUUCUAUCCGACUCUUUUCUCCAUCGAUGAACGGCUCAAAUUGGCUCGGGAGCUCGGAACCGGCAUCUCCAUCUGGGAGCUCGGACAAGGCCUAGACUACUUCUAUGAUUUAUUCUGAAUGGCCGCCUCGGGAAGCUGGCGCAAAUGCUCAAAAACGCUGUCGCUGCGAAUACGCAUUUCGGAUAUUAAGUUACACCGAAAUCAACUAGAAGGCUCGUUAGUGAGACGAACUAGCUUCGUUCUUAUCUUAGCGUUAGCGUAAUGCCUACAGCACUGUUCGGUUGAUUAUCUUGAUAAUACAUUUUAUCCUGCCUUAA